GAGGCUCAGCUCGGGCCGGGCGUCGGGCGAGCAGACGCCGCCACCGCAGCGCCGCCGCGAGGGCGUCGAGGCCUCCGCUCCCGGGGGACGCGCUUCGGGCCCAGCCGAGCCGGGGACGCCCAGAGGACGAUGCGCCGCGGCAAACAAAUUGGAAUAAUUAAACCCUUGAUUCAACUGACUACCCAGACUCUCAGAUUUCGCUGAAGAGUCCAGCUUAAAGACUUGUCAAGCAGCAGAACAACUUGCCAGACUUGACAGUGUGCAGGAAGGCUUUAAAUGUGAACCAUGAUCUGUCCGAAAGUUUUCAUCAGAUUGCUGGGGUUCUACACGUUCCUCAUUUUUCAAGGCUGGAACCCUGACAGUAUGAUCCACGGGGCAGGAAUAAAGACGGAUCGUGACCAGCAGAAACAGGAAGAUGAAGUGACCCUUGCCCCCGAGGACAUAAUGCCUUUUUUACAGUGCUACUGUUCAGGGCACUGUCCAGAAAAUGCCAUUAAUAACACCUGCAAAACUAAUGGGCAUUGUUUUGCCAUCAUUGAAGAAGAUGAAAAUGGAGAAAAAACUCUUUCUUCAGGUUGCAUGAAAUACGAAGGUUCAGACUUCCAGUGCAAGGAUUCCCGAGUCGUACUACGACGCCGUACAAUUGAAUGUUGUCGGACAGAUUUCUGCAAUCAAGAUCUGCAGCCCACUUUACCCCCCAUUCCAAAAAGUGAUCCGUUUGAUGGCAGCAUACGUUGGUUAGCUUUGCUUAUUUCUAUGGCAGUCUGCAUAAUUGCUAUGAUUGUUCUCUUUAGCUGUUUCUGCUACAGGCAUUACUGUAAAUGGGUAGCAAAGAGACGAUGUUAUAAUCGUGAUCUGGAGCAGGAUGAGGCCUUCAUUCCAGCUGGGGAAUCGUUAAAGGAUCUUAUUGACCAGUCAAUAAGCUCUGGCAGUGGCUCAGGGCUUCCUCUGUUGGUGCAACGGACAAUUGCCAAACAGAUUCAGAUGGUACGACAAGUUGGAAAAGGGAGAUACGGCGAAGUUUGGAUGGGAAAAUGGAGAGGUGAAAAGGUGGCUGUGAAAGUGUUUUUCACCACUGAAGAAGCCAGCUGGUUUCGGGAAACGGAGAUUUACCAGACGGUUCUUAUGCGCCAUGAAAAUAUACUAGGGUUUAUAGCAGCAGAUAUUAAAGGCACAGGUUCCUGGACUCAGCUCUACCUGAUUACUGAUUAUCAUGAAAAUGGGUCACUGCAUGAUUUCCUGAAGUACACCACUCUGGACAACAGAGCCUUGCUGAAACUGGCUUACUCUGCUGCGUGUGGUCUCUGUCACCUGCACACAGAAAUCUAUGGAACCCAAGGCAAGCCUGCUAUUGCCCAUAGAGACCUGAAGAGCAAAAAUAUUUUGAUCAAGAGAAAUGGGACAUGCUGCAUCGCAGAUUUGGGCCUUGCUGUCAAAUUUAACAGUGACACAAAUGAAGUUGAUGUUCCUUUAAACACGAGAGUGGGAACAAAGCGUUACAUGGCGCCUGAAGUCCUGGAUGAAAGUUUGAAUAAAAACCAUUUCCAGCCAUACAUCAUGGCCGACAUCUACAGCUUUGGCUUGAUAGUUUGGGAAAUGGCCCGGCGUUGCAUCACAGGAGGGAUCGUUGAAGAAUACCAGCUUCCCUAUUACGAUAUGGUGCCGAAUGACCCUUCCUAUGAAGAUAUGAGAGAGGUAGUUUGUGUCAAGCAUCUGCGCCCGGUGGUGUCAAACAGGUGGAACAGUGAUGAGUGUUUAAGAGCAAUAUUGAAACUAAUGUGUGAAUGCUGGGCCCACAAUCCAGCCUCUAGACUUACAGCUUUGAGGAUUAAGAAGACACUUGGCAAGAUGGUGGAAUCGCAGGAUGUUAAAAUUUGACACAGAAAUGUCACAGAGGAGUGAAUUUUGGACUCCUAGAGCUGUUCACUCAAGCAAAUGCAGGUUUGGUGGGAUCGGGAGACAACAUUUGAAUUUCAGCCCACUUCCUCGCUAAUUCUACAGGCUGCUAAUAAAUUUUCAUAGAAUACGGUAUCCAUGCACACUAUAUGAUACAUGCAUGGAUAGUCUCAUGUUUUUUGUUUUGUUUUGUUUGGAGCUGCAUUAAGAUUUUUAUCACGGUUUUAAAUUCCCAUCAGUUUCUUAAGUUCUGAAUUGAAUAUUCAGAUUUAUAGUGCUUUCUGUGAAAGCCUUAAGUUAAAUGAAUGCAACAGCAGUGGAAAAAUUAAGCUUUUUGCCUCCUACCUGAUGAUACCUUACCAGGACUUGGCAGAAUAGCCCAUAUGUC